CCCCGCAGGGAACAAGCCUGCUGCCCCGCGCGCCCUGUUCAUCGGAGGGGCGCGUUGCGCGGCGGAUUUCUCCGCACCUGCUCCUCGGAGGGGCGCGGUGGCGGUCGGGCAGCGGGGUGGGGAGUGCAGACUUGCCUUCGUCAGAUUUGCAUGAAGAAGGCAGGCAAGGAAGUCGCUUUCCAGGCGCGGUGCUGCACCAUCUUAACCAUCCUGGGCCCCGGAGGACACCGAGCCGCAUCCCAAAAGCAGGGGCUUGUAUUUUUUUGCGGGGAGGUGGGUCUCAGCGUCAGCCCUAUCUUUUCCCUCCCUCCCUCUGGGUGCGGGGGGGGGCGGGUUUGGCAGCUUUCCUACCAUGUUGCUAUGGCGGAGACGAAGAGGAGAGGGGGGAGGAGGAAGCCUCGCCUCGGUUCUGCCCUGCAGGCGGGGGGGGAGCAUCACUUCGCCGGGAGCCGCGGAGAAGGAGCAAGAGCAGGAGGAGGAGGAGACGGGGCGGGCGCAAAGGAGGUGGCGGCGGCGGCGCCGAGGAAGGGAGGGACGGCGGGCAGCCCAACCCAGCUCGGGCUCCGCUCCGUUCCAUGCGCGCCCGGGUCUCCCGCGGAGUUUCCCCACUCGCUGAGCACCCGGAGGCCGGGCAAGGAGGAGGAGGAGGAGGGAAAGCAACGCGCUGCCCGACGGAGCCAGACCAGGUUGUUGCUGCCGCUCCGCGAAGACGUCCGGGCGCUCGCCGGAGAUGCGCGGAUGAGCGCGGGGCUUGCGCGAACAGCGGAGGCGCACAGCUCAGGUGGCCUUGGAAUGGAAAGGCAGCUGAGAUAAUGACCCUAAUCUCUGCUUUGGAGACGGAGCACAUUUUCUUCUUUCCCUGGUCCCAAACUGGAUUGAUUUGAGGACGUCAAUGAUGAAGCUGACCUGCAUGUUCUCCUUCAUCCUGCUGUUUGGAGCAGCUGGGCUGGUUGUCUUCAUCCACCUGCAGGAUCCAGAAGAAAUUGUUCAUCAGCAAACACCAGGUCUGAGAUAUAACAUGGGAUCACAGCAACCCAAAAAAGACUGCACAUCCAGCAACAAUCAGGACGGGAAAAUGCCUCUGUAUGCUGCUGACAAAUUCCCAAUCGCGAACCAGAAGGCUUCGCUACACCCCGUGCCCAAUGGAGCUGCCCUGGAAGAAGGCGCAAGCAGAAAGCAGAACAUCCUGGUGGUGAUUAAAGACCAUUCCCAAAAAAGCGCAGGAGCUAAUUCUGCCCGGACUCAUAAACGGAGGAGGAGGUUUGUGAUCAAAAAGAGCCCCAUCCUGAUAGCCGUGAACAGCUCCUUCCACAACCUGCCCAUUUUGAAAUCGGAGGACAGGAACGACGUCAAGUGGAAAAGCCUCUACAAGACCCAAAGAGAGCGAAAGCAGAUCAUGAGAGAGACUUGCUCGAAAUACAAGAGCAACAACAAAAGGAUCAUCACACCUUAUCACGUUUCCAGGAUCUUCGUUGAAGAUAAGUACCGAAUUUUAUACUGCGAGGUUCCCAAGGCCGGUUGCUCCAACUGGAAAAGGGUACUCAUGGUCCUUAAUGGGCUGGCCUCCUCGACCAAGGUCAUACAACACAACACGGUGCAUUAUGGGAAUUAUCUGAAAAGGCUGGAUGGGUUUGAUCGCAAAGGGAUCAACCACAGGCUGAACACUUACACGAAGAUGCUCUUUGUCCGUGAACCUUUUGAAAAAUUGGUCUCGGCGUUUCGAGACAAGUUUGAGCAUCCCAACAAUUACUACCACCCGGUUUUUGGCAGACCCAUCAUUUCAAGGUACCGCGUCAAUGCCACGAAGGAGGCACUGAGGACAGGUUCUGGGGUAACCUUUAAAGAGUUCAUUCAAUAUCUUCUUGAUGUCCACCGGCCUGUGGGCAUGGAUAUUCACUGGGACCAUGUCAACAGGCUCUGCAGCCCGUGCUUGAUAGACUAUGAUUUUAUUGGUAAAUUUGAAACCAUGGAGGAAGAUGCUAACUUCUUUUUGCAUUUAAUAAAUGCGCCACAAAAUUUGACUUUUCCUAGGUUUAAAGACAGGCAUUCUGAUGAAGAGAGAACAACCACCCAAAUUACACAGCAAUAUUUCAAACAGCUCUCCCCUUCUCAAAGGCAACGCAGCUACGAUUUCUAUUACAUGGAUUAUCUGAUGUUUAACUACUCAAAGCCUUUUGAAGAUCUGUAUUGACAGUGGCAGAGGCACUGGGAGCUGCUGUUGUGGUUCCUCAUAUGCAAGUCUGUGUAAAAUAAGUUCCAAAUAAACUGUACCCAUUGGCAAAUAAGCUAAGGACAUAUCUACACCACAGGUACCUACACUGGUCACACAGGGAAACCUGGGAAGUGUGUUCAGAGAGGGUGGGAAAUAGGGACUGUCGACAGCAGGGACCCCAGACUACAAUUCCCAGGAUUCUUUGUGGCAGAAGUCAGGGAAGUUAACCUGUUAUAACACCAAGACAGGUUUCUAAUGUAGAACCACCCUAAAUUUACUCCCACAUUCAGGACAAUCGUUGCUACACUCUGGAAGCACAACGUGCCCUUAUGUUUUUCAAGAAUCAUCAACCUUGCAGUAAUACUCCUAUCCAUGUUGUUGGCUUUUUAAAAAAUGAUUUUGGAAUUAAUAAAUAUAAAGAAAAAUUGUCACCUUCAACUUAUUCUUCAGUCUGCAAAGCUUGAUGGCACAUGCUAGGCAGAGCUAUGGAACAAUCGCAGCAUAAAAAAAGAAAGAACGAUAGAACAUAGCUAACAAUUAGGGAAGGAAGACAAAUCAGAUUUAAAUGGGUUUACACACAGAAUUUAGAGGUUCUGAUCCGAUCAAGAUUUGUCCCCCAAACCACCUCUUGCAUCAAGCACUCACCUAUAUCCAAGCCACUAGUGCAUUGUUGGGUUGUGAAGUGCAUUUUUUAUAUAUAUAAAAAAACUCUGGCUAAUUAUAUGCAAAAUUAUACAGAAAAUUAUAUUCAUAUGGAAGAGUCACAUUCCACGAGGUGCUAUAUUAUCUGCAGCAUAAUUUGAUAAGUAUCCAUACAUAAGUAUAUUUAUAUAGUAGUAUGUUUAUGUGCCGGUUGCUAUAGGAAAUGUGUAUAUACAUAUCAUAUUAUAUGUAUAAUAAUGCAUAUAGAAUCGUAGAAUUGUAGAGUUGGAAGGGACACUGAGGAUCAUCUAGUCCAACCCUCUGCAAUGCAGGAAUAUGCAGCUGUCCCAUAUGGGGAGCAAACCUGCAACCUUGGUAUUAUCAGCACCGCAGCCUAACCAAAUGAGCUAUCCAGGCUCAGUUUUUUAACCAGUGAUCAUUGUUCAUAUCUUUAAUGGAACCAGUAAAACAAUUUGUUCGCUUUUCCUUGACAUGAAGGAGCAAGACAAAAAUUAGAAAAAAUACCUGUGGAUAAGCUUGAUACAGACAUUUUCAAAUAAUUCCACCCCUGCUUGCACUUGGUUAUAUAUACACCCCUUAAUUGUCUCCAUCCCAUUAUAAUUU